GCUAAUCUGAUAUCACUAUCUAUACUGCGGAUCGAGUUGAUGAGAGAGGCAGGCGGAGAAGGAACAAUGACCUUAGGGGUGGACGACCAGGCAGCAAUCAGGGCCACUAACGCCUUCCAAUCACAGCCCGGGCACUACCUUGUUGGUAAACUCCACGAUGAUCUCAGGGAGCUCAUACCAAACAACAACAACAGGAAGCUCACAAUCAGAUGGACCCUGGGUCACAAAGGCAUA